AUGCCUCGCAUCGCCGCGAGGACUACCACAGGGGCAGCUACCAUCUCCUUGUCCGAACUUGGACUUGAAGUGGGGGAACCUCCCGUGGCAGUCAGGGAAGGAUGUGAAUUCCAUUUAGACUGGCGUCUAUUACGUCAUUUUGGUGGCCAUAUUUACGUCACUUUGGUGGUUAUAGGCGUCGUUUACGUCACUUUGGUAGCUAUAGGCGUCGUUUACCUAACUUUGGUGGCCAGAGGCGUUGUUUACGUCACUUUAAUAACCAUAAACGUCGUUUACGUUACUUUGGUCGUUAUAAACGUCGUUUACGUAACUUUGGUAGUUAUAAGCGUUGUUUACGUAACAUUGGUGGCUAUAAACGUCGUAUACGUCACUUUUGUGGCCAUAGGCGUCGUUUACGUCACUUUGGUUACCAUAGACGUCGUUCACGUUACUUUGGUGGCCAUAGGCGUCGUUUACGUAACUUUUGUGGCCAUUGGCGUCGUAUACGUUACUCUAGUGGCCAUAGGCGUCGUUUACGUCACUUUGAUGGCCUUAGGCGUCCUUGACGUCACUUUGGUGGCAAUAAACGUCUUAUACGUCACUUUAGUGGUUGUAGGCAUUUAUUACGUUAUUUUGAUGGCCAUAGGUUUUGUUUACGUCACUUUGGUGGCCAUAGACGUCGUUUAUGUCAUAUUGGCCUUUUUUUACGUCACUUUGGUGGCCAUAAGCCUCCUUCACGUAGCUUUGGUGGCCAUAAUUGUCGUUUAUGUCACAUUGGUGGCUAUAGGCGUUGUUUACGUCACUUUGGUGGUUAUAAACGUCGUUUACAUUACUUUCGUAGCCAUAGGCGUCGUUUACGUCACUUUGGUUGCCAUAGGCGUAUUUUCCGUCACUAUAGUGGUUAUAGGCGUUUUUUACGUCACUUUGGUUACCAUAGACGUCGUUCACGUUACUUUGGUGGCCAUAGGAGUCGUUUAUGUCACUUUUGUGGCCAUUGGCGUCGUAUACGUUACUCUAGUGGCCAUAGGCGUCGUUCACGUCACUUUGGUAGCCAUAGGCGUCGUUUACGUCAUGUUGGGUGCCAUAAGCGUCAUUUUCAUCACUUUGGUGGCAAUAAGCGUCGUAUACGUCACUUUGGUUGUUUUAGGCGUCCUUGACGUCACUUUGGUGGCAAUAAACGUCUUAUACGUCACUUUAGUGGUUGAAGGCAUUUAUUACGUCAUUUUGGUUGCCAUAGGCGCUGUUUACGUCACUUUUGUGGCCAUAAGCGUUGUUUAA